GUGAUUGUAAUCAGAUAUUAGUGAUAACGAAUGGUAGGUGAAUGGAACAAAUAAAUAUAAUCAUAGUUCUACAUAAUAUUUUAUGACAAAUGUGGGGUUAUAGAAAAAUUUAAUUAAAAUAACAUUUUUCAAAAGCAACUUUAUUUUAACAGUAAUUAAUUAAUUGAAAACAAUAUUCAGGCAAAAUUUCAAAUGAACAAAAGUUUUUUUAAAUUUACGAUUUUAAACCAAAUAACAGAAUUCGUUAACAAGUACUGCAGUUUGUCCAUUUUAUCGCCUUAUGAUGUUAAUUUAAUUCUAAGGGAGAAUGAAUAUUGUCAUAUUUUUCCUAAAGGUAGUCGGCUUAAAGGGUUUGACACAAAUCAGUUAGCAUCAAACAAUCCAAUUGAAGAUUCACGAACGGAAGCAAGUUUGAUACAUACCAAUGGAUUUGUUUGCGGAGUUUUUGAUGGGCAUGGUGGCCCAGCAUGCUCUCAGGUGGUUUCGAAAAGACUUCUGAGAUAUUUAGCUGCAAGUUUGGUUCCUUAUGAUACACUUUGUAAAGAGCUGUCGGAAGGAGCUACGAGUCAGUCUUUUCUGAAAUGUCAUAAUGAUAAAGUUGAUUUUGUCAAAGAAAUCAGAGAUUUAUAUGAAGAGAGCUUCCUGCGAUAUGUCCAUUUAUCUUUGGCAAACAAAAAAUAUGAUAUAAAAGAGAGAAUAGAAAACAGCGUUAUUUCUUUAGACGAAGAUCUUUCGCGAGAAGCGCUAGAAUAUCCUAACGUAAGAACUAUGUCAGUAGCAAUGAGCGGUGCUGUUGCAUGUGUUGCACUAGUUACCGAUGUAAAUGUAUAUAUAGCUAACAUUGGUGAUUGUGCAGCUGUAAUCGGCUCAUGUUCAGAAUCUGGUCAAUGGAUAACUAAAGUAUUAACACACGAACACAAUUCUGAUAACAUUGCCGAAGUUAAACGAAUUUUAAGUGAACAUCCUGUAAAAGAAAAGGAUACUGUAAUAAGAAAUGAUCGAUUGCUUGGUCAAUUAGCUCCUUUACGUGCGUUAGGGGAUUUUAGAUACAAGUGGUCGAAAAACAUUUUAAAACAAGUUGUUGUUCCAAAAUUUGGAGAAAUUGCUGUUCCACUUCAUUAUAAUACACCCCCUUAUCUUACUGCAAAACCAGAGGUCAUUUGCCAUAAAAUAUUGGAGAACGAUAAAUUUUUAGUAAUUGCUAGUGAUGGCUUGUGGGACUUUUUGUCACCAACUCAAGUGGUAAAUUUGGUUGGAGAACACAUAUUGGGGAAAGCAUUUCUAGAACCAUUCAGUUUUAUGGAAAACCAUACUAUUAAGAAAGCUUUCGUUACUUUGACACAGAGAAAGGACGGGAAAAAACAUAAACCCUUGGAUCAAAAUUCGGCUACACACUUAAUCCGUAAUGCACUAGGUGGAACGGAGUAUGGUAUUGAACAUUCUAAACUAUCUUAUUAUUUAUCUCUGCCAAAGGAUAUUUCAAGGCAAUACCGUGACGACAUCACUAUAACUGUUCUAUUCUUUAAUAAUGAUAUUAAAAAUUCCAAAACGUUGAGUUAGGUUUUGUAUAAAGAAGACGAAUUUUGUGCAUCGUUUUGAAUGUAUACCACGGCUGACAAAGUACUGGUGGGGAUCCUAAUGGAGAGGGAAAGUUCACGGCUGAUGAUUUUGCAUGUAUUCUCAUGGAAACUAUAGAAGAUUCUUUUUAACAUCAUAUAUUUCCCAAAAGUUCAAAUUUUUAGUUAGAAAAAGUUAAAAUUCAAUCUUUUUCUGUUUUACUAGUGCUUACAUUAUAAAAGUUGUGUGUUAUUAAAAUGUUAAAAAAUUGAUUAAAAAAACUUCCAGACUCUGUUUAUUUUUUUUAAAAUUUCAAUAAAUGCUACACUACAAAAAAAAUUGGUUUUCGCGUAUUUUUUCAAAUUUGGAAAAUGUAUAUUUAAUAUUAACAGAUUUGCUAAUUAUGUAUGAUAUCUCCCUACGGCUGACAGAAAUACAGGCCUGCAUCCUAAGAGAAAGUGACAGUGCACAAAUAACGAAUUUACGCGAAUUCUUAUCGGAUAUAUAGAGGGCCCUUUUUAACAUCAUAAAUCUCCCACAAUAAUCGAUUUUUUUCAAAUUAGAAAAAGUUAAAAUUCAAUCUUUUUCUACUUUACUAGUGCUUACAUUCUUAAAAUUUUGUGUCAUUAAAACAUUAAAAAAUCGAUU